AUGGGGCCUUCUUAUCUUAAUCGUUUAGUCUUCAUUGUCUCUCUUUCUUCCCUCUUCUUCUUCUUCUAUUCUGCAGAGGCCUUAUGUGUCCCUCGCAAUCUCACCCUCCACAAACCCCCACAUAUCUCCUUCUCCUCCCCACCCCAACCAAAACCAGAGCAUAACCCUGCAACCCCACCAGUGAGAAAGAAGAACCCAGGAACAAACAUCAAAAUUGAUCCAGUAGUCAAUAAAAUCUGCCACGCCACUGACUACCCACAUCUCUGUAUCUCCUCAGUCACACACUACCUCCAUGGCAAGGCUAAUCUAGCCACCAUCUUCGAAGCCGAAAUCAGGGCCUGCAGACACAAAACCAGAGCUGUUUCAGCAUUGGCUAUAAAGAAGUCUCAGGAUCCAAAGGUCGACCCCCCCACGGUUUCCUCUCUUAAGGACUGCAAGGAUAGUUUCAGUGAUGUUUUGGAAAACCUUCAAGAAGCAGAGAAUGCCAUGAAGGUUCAUGACAUUGGCACUGUCAAUACCAUGCUCAGUGCGGCUGUGUCUGAUGUUGGUGAUUGUGAUGACUGGAUCUCCAAUAACCAAGAGGUGAAACAGCUUAUGUCCCGUCCAGAUGCUAUCUUGAUUGAUCUAAUCAGCAAUUGCCUCGCCAUUGCUUCCUUGGUCAAGUAGAGAA